CUUACCAAGGCCAUGCGAGCGAGAAAAGCAUCUCCACUCAUCUUGCUGACUUAUUAUGACAUUGGAGGAUCUCUAAUAAAGCGUCUGGUUCGAGGAGAUACAAAAUGCCACCUUCCUGCUUAUAAAAUGCUUCAACUUUCCACGUCAAAUCAGGACAAUCUGACUAUCGUGUUGACUGAAGGUGGAUGGAGGUGACUGCCAAAGUGGGAAGGCGGUGAAGCGUCGAGGCCCAAGCUUUGCUUCCGGCUUCGAGUCGCAGCGGGCAAAAAAGUUUAGGAAGAAUUCUGGAUUUUGCAAACGAAGGCCCAUCAUCCACGGCCAACACAGGAAUGUCGAGCUUCUUCACCAAGCCCGCUUCUCUGAAGAGAAAGAGACCCGAAAGCGGCGCACCACGACCUCAACGUACCAACGAUCGCUCAAAUGCUCGUCCGACAAAGCGAAGAGAAACGCGCGACGACUCGGUCUCCGGCAGCGACUUUGAGGAUGAUGAGGAUGUAGGCCCUCGCCCACCUGCUGAUUCUGAUGAUGAAUCGGACGAGUCUGAGUUUGAAGGCGAGGAUGCGGCAGGAAGAAGGACACGGCUGGCAGAAAGAUAUCUCGAAAACACGCGACAACAGAUCAUCUCCGAAGGUUUCGACGCAAAGGACAUCGAUGCAGAGCUGCUAGCUGAGCGCAUGGGCGAGCGUCUGAAAGAGGAUUCCGCAGAGAGCAAAGGCAAAAUCUACCGCUGGAUCGCAGACGAAUACGACUAUCAAAACGCCCUCCACUCGCAGUUCCGUGCAGACUCGCAGUCUUUGACUGGUGUGGCCACAUGCGCUCCCUACAUUUACACCGUCUCCAAGGACAUGACUCUAAUCAAGUGGGAGAUGCCCCAGCAAAUCGACGCAUCCUCAAAACACACACAAGCCACAAAGCCCAAGAAGCUCAUCUACACCCGCGGUAACGGAAAGAGAGAGGACGAUUUCGACUUCAAGCACCACACCGAUGUCAUUCUUUGCGUUGCUGCCUCUACAGACGGCAAGUUUGUCGCAACCGGUGGCAGAGACAGGAAGCUCAUUGUCUGGGAUGCUGCAACACUGAAACCGCUGAAGUUCUUCCACCACCACAGAGACGCCGUCACCUCGCUAUGUUUCCGUCGCACUUCAAAUCAACUCUACUCGGCCAGUAAGGACAGAACGAUCAAGCUCUGGAGUCUGGACGAGCUGGCCUACGUCGAAACACUCUUCGGUCACCAAGACGAGGUCACUGAUGUCGGUGCCUUGAACCAGGAGCUGUGUGUCACAGUAGGCGCCAGAGACAGAACGGCGAGAUUCUGGAGAGUUGUGGAAGAGAGUCAGCUCGUCUUCCGUGGUGGCGGUAGCGGUGCCUCAUCCAAGCAGAAGAGGGAGAAUGCAGCAGCUGGUAUUCCUCAGCCGCGUGAGUACCACGAAGGCUCGAUCGAUAGAGUCACUAUGGUCGACGACGAGACGUUCGUCACUGGCUCAGACAACGGCACACUCUCAUUAUGGAACAUUCAGAAGAAGAAGGCCAUGUUCACUCUACCCCUCGCACACGGUCUGGACCCACCGCCGAACCCUGAAGAUGUCAGCGCAGAAGCCGAUCCUUCGGCAGAUGCAAGCGUCUACACCGAACCACAGCCUCGAUGGAUCACCGCUCUUGCAUGUGUACCGUUCAGCAACAUUGUCAUUAGCGGCAGUUGGGAUGGUCAAUUAAGAGCUUGGAAGAUUACAGAGGACAGGAGGAGGUUGGAAGCAUUGGGCCCUAUCGGCUGUGUCGAGGACAACCAGCUGAUCGACGCAGAAGCAAUGUACAUGGACAACUCAAUACACGCUGUGCCAGAAUCGAACAAGACGGUCAAGGGUGUCAUCAACGACCUAGCCGUGUUCGAGCGUGGUGAUAGAGGUAAAGAUGGUUUGGCUAUUGUUGCAGCAAUCGGCAAGGAGCACAAGCUUGGCCGAUGGAUGCAUGAUGCUGGAAAGAACCACGCCAUGCUUUUCCGUGUGUCAAAGAAGGUUGCUGACAACGACACAAUAGAGGACGCUGAGGUAGCAGAGGAUGAGUGAUGUGUUGCAUAAAAAGCGUUUCUGUACGAUCUCUCAUAUAC